GCUAUUUAUUAACCCGUUAUACCACACCAGGAAAUCGGUGUCCUUAGUAACAUAAGCAGAACAUGCACAUACACAUGCUUAGACAAGUUGAAGAGAAGUUUUCUAUGCGGUCGUUUGCUCCUGUGUUAGAAAUAGCAGUUAUACCUUCUUCACCUUACCGUCUUAAGAACAUAAGGUAUUAUAUAUAAUAGUACUUGAAUCAUCAUAUAGGAAAAGGGUUAUACUUGGAAGGCUUUUAAUUAAUUAAAAAAUCUCUGACAAAGGACUCGUUAACAACUUAUGUACAAAUUAACACACUGUCUGUUACCUACACACAACCACCUCUCUCUCUCUCUCUUCAUACACACUCUCUUAGCUUCUGUUUCGAUUACUGAAAGACAUUUUAAUUGCAAAGUUGUGUAAAUUAAGAAACGCCGAUAAAACGACUCCCUUUAAUAAUAAUAAUGGUCAAAGGUAAAAGACUCAGAAUUCGUUUUGAUAAAUGAGCUUAUAUUUUUUCAAAGUUUACAAAACCUUGACCUUUACAUCUCCCACCAAAAAUGUCUGUGAAUGACUUACCAACAGAUGACAAAUUCUUUGAUAACAACAUGGAAGAAAACCAAUCUCAAGAAUCAGAUAAUUUUGAUUCUGAUAACAACUCAGACCACAGUUAUACCACAGAAGUACAAAACAUAGGUUCUAUGGAUGGUGACCAAGCAUCAAAGGGUGUCCCAAUGAACAGCAACUCUCAGCCAGCAAAUGUAGACAACAGCAAUCCUAAGAUGAAGACAACCGCAGACCUUCUAAAGGAAGCAGCAAGUAAUGGAAAAAAAUACAUUGCUGCUGGAAUGAUAAAUGAAGCCAUUCAUGAAUUCAUACGGGCUAUGACAUUGACAAGAGUGAUAUUUGGUUCCAUGCACUGGCAGCUGGCUGCCAGUUAUGUUUCAUUAGCUGAAACCUACCUUCAAGGAAAAGGUUUCACUGCCCAGGCAGAAUAUCAUGCUGAGAGAGCGAAAUCUUUGAUGCUUGAUUCCAAUAUCCAUAUUGCUACUAAUAAUGCUGACAAGUUGUCCAUGUACAACAUGCUUGUUAAUUUACACCAUAUAUUGGCUGUAACAAAAUGCUCAGAGAAAAAAUAUGUGGAAAGUGAGAAAAACCUCUUGAAAGCAGAAAGUUUUCUCGAAAAUUUGAAGAAAUUACCUUCUUCAGAUUCAAAGCUUGUUCAGAUGUGGGCCAUUAAACUGACUCUUGAUUUUGCACAACUUUACAGCAAACAGAAGAAACAGACAGAAGCUGAGGAUACUUACAAACAAGUUGUCGAACUUAUUGAGGCAGCUCAUGGUGAAGGAAGUCCACAGUUAAUAGCGCUCUAUUUAGACUGGGGCAAAUUUGUACAACAGGGUGGUAAGCGUGCCAAUUUCCAUCAGAGCAUCAAGCUGUUCCAGAAGGCACAUUCCAUUGCGACUGCCAAUCGGAAUCAAAAUGAACUGAUAAACACUGGUUUGAUGUUGGCCCAAACUUAUAUGCUUCUGGCUGAAGAUGAUGCGUAUGUGUCUGCUGAAACAUAUCUCAGGGAAUGUUUGACAAUCAGUAAUGCUGUGCAUGGAGAAAAGCACCAUAAAACAUUGAUUGUGGAGGAUGAACUGGUGAGAGUUUUACUAAAGACAAAUCGUCGCCAGGAGGCUUUAAAGAUACUUCAGUCAGGGAUCACCAGGAAAUGUGCUGUACAUGGUUACUAUUCAGAGAAGGUUAGCAAUGCUCAUAGUCUUAUUGCAUCGGUACAUCUAGCAGAUGGUGAUAUUGUUACGGCUUUGAAAUCACAUCAGCAGUGCUUUGAGAUCCAGAAGUUUGUUUUGGGACCCAAACACAAAAAGACUAUCAAUUCAAAGAGCACAAUUGAUAUCCUGAAGACAAACCUUUCAGUCCCACCAAAAUUAUUUUCACCUUAAUACAAGCUGUACAACUUUCGCUCUCAUCAAAGGUUUAAUAAUGUAAUUAAUAAAUGAUGCUGAAAUGA